AAUUCCUAAAGAUGGAUGGAAAUGGAUAAUGAAUAAGAUGAUUGAGCUAGGAAAAGUUGAGCUUGAUUUCAAUCCUUAUGGAGGAAAAAUGAACGAGGUAACUUCUGAUGCUACCGCGUUUCCUCACCGGGCAGGGAAUCUGUAUAAAAUACAAUACACUGUGAGUUGGGGAGGAUCAGAAGCUGGUUUAGAAAAGAAUUUUAUAAGUCAGAUUAGAAUGAUGUAUAGUUACAUGACACCAUUUGUGUCAAAGAAUCCAAGAAGUGCUUAUUUGAAUUAUAGAGACCUUGAUAUUGGUAUCAAUAGUCAUGGUAAGAAUGAAUACAAUGAAGGAGUGGUUUAUGGAAAGAAGUACUUUGGUGAAAAUUUUGAGAGGUUGGUUAAGGUUAAGACUGAAGUGGAUCCUGAGAACUUUUUCUGGAAUGAACAAAGUAUCCCAAUACUGCCAAACAAGGCAUAGGCAACAUAGCGACAGAAAAAUAAUUGAAUAGGUCAUUUGAUUGAGUUUUGUUUCCUCUUCUGACCCUAUGUAUAUUAAUGGAAUUGUUUAAUUUCAUAUUCAAUGUUUAAAA